CGUAUUUGCAUAAACUGAACAACUAAUUAAGAAGACCGUUAACUAAUUUAAAUUGCUCAUAUGCACCGGGGGUGUCGGUGCAGCGAGACGGUGGUCGUUUUUGUAAGCGAUAAAACAAAUAAUCAUAAAACACACAAUACUAAGAAGUAAAAUUGAAUAUUUCUGUAUGGUUGGGAUUGGCAUGGCUGUGGGUCGGCUGCCUCCCGCCUCUAUCCUGUGCACUCCCGAAGCGGAGCUGAUGCAGGACGUGUUGAGCGACACCUGCGGCGGCGGGGUCGUUCCUGUCCCGGCCACGGUCACUAAGCUGAAGCGGGGACCGGCCGGGGAGUACCGCUCGACAGAGGACUGGCGGGACAUAGUGAAAAGACGACACCUUGCGAACGCCAAGGAAAGACAGCGGAUUCGUAAUCUCAACAGCGGCUUUUCGACUCUGAAAACCAUCGUGCCGCUCAUCCCCCGGGACCGCAAGCCCAGUAAGGUGGACACGCUGAAGGCCGCCACGGAGUAUAUCCGCCUUCUGCACAGCGUGCUGGACCAGAGCGGGGGGGCCGAGCAGCUGGAGAGCGGGGUGCCGACAGAGAGGAGGGACGCUCUGACCUGCGCUGUCCCAGGGAGCAGCCUGCCGCCCCCCCAGCCUGGCAGCGUGUUCAUCCGGGCUCCGGGGCCCCUGACCGAGCUGGAGGGCCACGCCCUGCUGCUGAGGAGCUGCGCGCUGCCGACGUACAUCAUCCAGAUCCAGCCGGACCGCAGCCUGUUAUUCCAGUCUAAUAAAUGAAGGGGGUCGCUUUGCUCCAAUAUUAGCUUGUGUGAAUCGCAGCCUCAAAGACCAGUGUUUGACUCGGAGUCCCCGGGCUGAGGCGUGGGCCCCUCCCUCUCUGCCUCCUCCUCCUCCCCCCGAUCCCGCACCGCAUGACGUCACUGCUCCUUUGCUUGGAAACGGAUUCUCGCAUCAGAAAUAAAUGGAUCACUUUAAAAUGCGAGGAUGCAAACUAAACGAGGAGUCAGCCGGAUGUCUUGUCCCGUACAUGCUGGAUAGUAAUGAUACCGUUUUUCUAUUGACAAACGUCGUAAAAUUAAGUUGUCAUGAACUGGUACUGUUCAUUUUUGUGUGUAUAAAUGUGUUUUUCACUCCUCUGUAGAAAUGACCUCUUAGUCUAGUGGGGCCCCGGGUGAUUGUCCUGGUUGCUGGCCCCUAAAACCAGCUCUGCAGCCGACACAAACGAGCCACGUUGAGUUUCUGUUCACCUGUUAUUUUUCAUGUGUUCAGUGACAGUGAGCUGGAGAAUGUACCUUUCUACAUUUAAAGGAACCUAUUGCAUUUAUUUUGUAUAAAAGAAAUGGCAAUGUUUUUCAACUGUGGGACGGCUGCUGUGUUUUUUUUUUUUUUUUUUGCAAUAUAACUUAUUGAUCUGUACACGGAGCACUUACCAGAUGUGAACUUUUUUUUUCAUGAUGAAUGAAUUCUAAUGUAUGUAUAGACCACGUUAUUUAAUUAAAAAAAAUAUAA